AGACCACCUCGCUGCGCCUCCUGGCCCGCAGGCGCGCCCUCGGGGUGGGUUUUCCAGCUGGGCGCGCCCCUAGCGGCGGUGUCGCCCGCCAGCGCCAGCCGCGCCCAUCCCCCCAGUGGGCGGCGGGAGGCCCGCCCUGGCCGCGGCGCUCUCAGCCGCGUACUAUCUGGUCCCAGUUCUCCCAAGCACCGCCCGAUUUGCGUGCGCUGAGGGCGCGCAUGGCGGCAGUGGGGCCGCGGAGCGGCCCGGGCGCCGGGGCCGAGGCGCUGGCAUUGGCGGCGGAGCUGCAAGGCGAGGCGACGUGCUCUAUCUGCCUGGAACUCUUCCGUGACCCCGUGUCCGUCGAGUGCGGCCACAGCUUUUGCCGCGCAUGCAUCGCGCGCUGCUGGGAGCGCCCGGGCGCGGGGUCUACCGCCGGCCCCCGCGUGCUGCUCUGCCCGCUCCCGUGUCCGCAGUGCCGUGAGCCUGCGCGGCCCGGCCAGCUGCGGCCCAACCGCCAGCUGGCCGCAGUCGCCGCUUUACUGCGGCGCUUCAGCCUGCCGGCGGCCGCGCGAAACGAACGCGAUUCCCCAGAGGCGGUGGCGGCCGGGUGCGCGCAGCACGGCGAACCGCUCAAGCUCUACUGCCAGGACGACGGACGUGCCAUUUGUGUGGUGUGCGACCGCGCCCGCGAGCACCGUGCGCACGCUGUGUUGCCGCUCGAGGAGGCAGUGCAGGAGGCUAAGGAACUCCUGGAGUCCAGGCUGAAGAUCUUGAAGAAGGAUCUGGAGGACUAUGAGAUGUUUCGUUCCACGGAAGAGAAGGAGAGCAAGGAGCUCCUGAAACAGAUGGCAGCUGAACGAGAGAAGGUGGGGGCGGAAUUCCAGGCGCUGAGGGCCUUUCUGGUGGAGCAGGAGGGCCGGCUUCUGGGCCGCCUGGAGGAGCUGUCCCGGGAGGUGACACAGAAGCAGAAUGAGAACCUGGCUCAGCUUGGGAGUGAGAUCGCCCAGCUCUCCAAGCUCAGCAGCCAGAUCAAGGAGACAGCUCGCAAGCCUGACCUUGACUUUCUUCAGGAAUUCAAAAACACACUAAGCAGGUGCAGCAAUGUUCCUGCCCCCAAGCCAAGCACAGUCUCUUCUGAGAUGAAGAAUAAAGUCUGGAAUGUUUCUCUGAAGACCUUUGUCUUAAAGGGGCUGCUCAAGAAGUUCAAAGAGGAUCUUCGUGGAGAGCUGGAGAAAGAGGAGAAAGGCUGCCUGCAAAGGGUUUCUGGAGACCACAGCAUCCGAGGAAUGAAACUGGGUGAUAGGGGAAAGGGACUCUGUGGUCAACUGAGCAGAGGAAGAGAUACCUUGGACCCUCGGGGCCUGUCCCCUGCCUGUUGGUGCCAUGUGGAUUUGGCCCAGCUGUGAGGAGGUGGAGACAGGUGAAGACAAGUCCAGCUGUUGACAGAGGUGCUUCCUCUCACUGGGGCUUACUGCCCAGACUCAGCAGGGCCUCUGGCUCCGUGGAACACCAAGCCCUGGUCCCGUGCUGUCCUCAGUUGCAAGGGGGCAUGUUCUGGCCAAAACAGCCAGGUUCAUGAUCAUGUCUGCUUUGCCUUCUUGUUAGCUGCCGGCUCUGCCUUCAGAGACCUGAAUCCAGCUGGCCUGAUCAAAUCGUCUACUCAGGGAGGAACACUGUACUCCCAGCUCAGAACAGUCUGGGCCAGAACUGGAAGGAGACCCUUGACCUGUACAUGACGACAAGCCUAGGACAACAGUAUAUAGGCAUGGCUACCCUCCAACCCUCCUUAACUUGAUACAGAGUGAUAUGUACAUCUUCGGCCUCAGUGACAGCCAUGUGUGCUCACAGAUGCCUAAAUACCUUUCAAGGGCCGAAGUACAGGCUCCUUUGAGUAAGGAGACCAAAGAGUCUGGAAUUUUGAAACACAAGGCAGCACUUAAAAUUUUACAGAUCCAACUUAACACCAGCAUGGAAAUGCACAGCACAAACACCCCUGCCAGAUUCUGGAAUUUGCCAAAUGUGUUCCAGGAGAAGCGGACCCUGGUGCCAAGGCCAGCUCAGCCUGUGCCCUGGUGGCCAUUAUCACCUUGGCUAAUUAUUCCCCUGGCUUGUGUAUGGCUGGGCUUCUGGGGGGUUGGUGGUAGGCUGUUCCUUGCUUAGUGCUCCCCAGGUAAGGGAGAUGGAGAUGGAAAUACAGACUGAACUCAUUUGUAGGGUGGCUUGGCUCAUUCUUGACUCACCCAGUUGUGUGCAAGAGCACAAGUGUGAGCAAGCGUUUCUCCAGGCUGGGUGAGCAUGUGUGCUCCUGUGUGUGAGGGACAUGCACACAUUGUUGAUAACAGGUGGUGGGGGCCAGGGGUGUGCGGAUCUUGGGAGAGGGCACUUAUGAGCACAUGCAUAGGGUUUACGUGUUGAAACAGGUCUAGGUCAGUGUGGUCACCCUGUUAUCAACUUGUUAAAUACUAGCCACCCCAUACUUAGGUGAGGGCCACAGGUUUCCUCCCCCACUAACAGGUUGCCAGGCUAGAUGAAAUCCAGUUUGAGAACUAAUUCUGUCCUGCACAGGUUCAGACAUGUAUUGGCACACAGAGAUAGGGACAGUUAAAUAGUUCAGUCUGCAAAUAUCAUGGAGCUGUGCUCUGUCCCGUGACACGCUUCAAGGUUCUUGUAGGGCAGGCACAACACUCUAGAGACAGACCCAGUGCACACAGCACCAGGCAAUCGACCCAGUGUCCUACGAGCUUGGGACGGGACUAUUUAAGAGCCCAGCCUUCAGCAGCAUUCCAGAGUGUGAAUUCUGUGCCGUUCCGACACGGAAUAUAGCUCUAGAGCACUGAGUCAAUUUGUCUUUGAGUACCACUGAUUUCCAUAAGGAUAAUCCACUUCUAAAAUUCAUUUGCUAAUUAAAUUGCCUAAUGUUAUCAAGUCCUAAUGUUAUCUGGGCGUGUCUGGCUUUUGAAUUGAGUAUCACAAUUACCCUUUGUGUCAUCUAGCAACUAUGCCAAAGUAUUCAACGUGUUACAGGUCACAGAAGGUAGAGUGACUGGUGGAGGCUCUGUAGGGCCAGGUCUGCGGACUCCUGGGGUGGCUGUGUGUGUAUGUUCAGCUUUUGUGUUUGUGAUUGUAUGUCUUAUUCGAGUUUGCAGAAUAACUACAUAGAUACCUAUCUGAUGUAACAACAGUUGCAUUACACUACACAUGGAGAGUAAGAGAGAUGUUCUCUCCGUCACCAGGGCAGCAUGGUGACUUUGGAUGUCACAACGCUGUAUGACAGUGUGUGCAUGUAUGCCUUUUCCUCUCCCUACUUUUGAACACAAGACCGCUGAGAUCUCUGGGCCUCUGAGAGCAACGACUGGCUUAACUUGGGUCCUUCUCACCCCACCCGUUAGUCCCAGAUCCUUGUGAGCUGCACAGCGGUGAGAACCUAGGUCCCUGCCAACCAGACCCUCAGCUCCUCAGUAUCCAGAGUGGAGGGACUGCCUCUGGCCUGGCCACCCAGUGACCUAAGUCAUCUGGCCUUAGAGAGACCAUAGGGCAGGUUGGGACACCAACCAAAGUCUACCUACAGCCGCCACUUUCUGACCAUUGACAGGCUAAGGCUCCUGUCCCUCACCUGAGCUCUCUGUCUUCCUUACCUCAACCCCGAAAUCCCUUUUGGAGGCCAUGAAAGAACCUGCUCUCCAAGAUUCCAGGGCGGGCCCCUAAGGAUUGCCUUUUCCUAAUUUGCCUAAAGGUGCUCUGACCCAGUCCUUGGCCCAGCAUCUCACACUAGGACCUUCUGACUUACCCACUGUUGUCACACAGCAGCCUAGCCAACU